AUGCCACCCAUCACCAAAAUAUGGCUCAGCACCCUGAAGACCAAAGAUUCCAUUGACCCGAGCGAGUUUACCGACCUGCUCUGCCACAUCCUCACCCACUGCUCCUCCUACACUAACCCCGACUCCAAUCCCAAAUUACCGCCCAUGCACGCCUUCUUUCGGAGCGUCGAAAGUCCAGACAACCUCCUAAUGAUAACGGGAUACCCUUCGCAGGACAUGAACAAUGAGGCGGACCGAACUUAUGCAGAAGCCUUCCUACCCCUCGCUCCACCAGCUCCUUCAGCGCGCUUGGAACUGCGGAUGCGUGAGCAACGACGCUUGCGCUUGCUUGCCAAGGAUGGGGGUGAAGCAGUCUUUAACAGGAAGGUUGUAAGGGCAGUGACUGCAGAACUUUCGUUCGAUUGCUACUGGGCUGAAGCGUAG